AGUAAGGGGGAGUCCGUUUUGGACACCGUGUCUGUCCAAAAUGAACAAACUGGAGUAUCUGAAUUCGUUUCUGACGGAGCGCUUAAUGACAGUGGCUGGAGAAAUCUUUGAAGCGUUUAAAGACUCAGUCAGUGAAUACCAGGGAGAGAUAGAGCGCAUUAAAGAGGAGAACCGCUGUCUGAGAAAGACGCUCGCUGAAAUUGACAUUAACAGAGUUGAGCAACGACCAGGCUCCCAGACCACCCAUGCGGAUGGAGUUAAGAAGCACAGUUCAAACCCUGAGCCUCUGGACUCUGAGCCUUCAGUAAUACAAGUAAAGCUGGAGCUUGCAACUCUAAAGCAGGAAUGUGAGCCACAGCCAUCUUUGAAUAAUCCAUAUACAUGCACUUCUAGCCCCGUAAGGACUGCUCAUGGUCCAGAGCCAGCUCGGAAUAUUUCUGAGAAACCUGUAGUUUUUGAAGAAAAGGAGGACAGAGAUUUAGAUAUUACGGUCAAAGCAGAACCAGCUGGAUCCCAACCUUUUUCUUCCAGUAACAGAUGCUUGGCCAAAGCGCUGGAUGAAGCAGUGACCGCUCAGGCUGGAGAUGAACAAGACCCUCUUUCGUGCUCUUAUUGUGACCAGACGUUCGAUGAGGUUUCUCAUCUAGCCUCGCACUUGCAGAGUCACAUGGUUUUAUUUAGCUGUGAGGUGUGUGGUAAGUCCUUCAAGAAAAAGGGGACGCUGAGGACGCAUAUGAUAGUGCACCAGAAAGAAAGACCCUUCCGCUGCAAGUUGUGCGGGAAGUCUUACAGCUGUGCCAAAGUUUUGAACGUGCACCUUAUAAGCCAUACGGGAGAGAGACCGUUUGGAUGCGGCUACUGUGAAAAACGCUUCAAACUGAAGAGUCACCUGAAAGAGCACGAGAGGAUCCACACGGGCGAGAAACCCUUCAGCUGUCCAGUGUGCAGGAAGUGUUUCAGCAGGUCGAAUGCCGUCAAGAUACACAUUCGGAAUCAUCAUCGCGAACAGUUACAGUUAUCACUGAACCAUUAGUCUGAAAGUUUUACGCCUCUCAUCCUGAGAUUUAUUGCUUUUGCUCAAGUGUUAACACUUUAUUGAUUUUAUUGUCAUCUUACUUUCUCCUCUUGCUAGAUGUUCUUUAAGAUUUGUUUGGUUGUUUUAUGCGGGCAGAGCCGGUACAAACCAGAACUGGAUGUUUAUUAAAGCAGAGGCUUACUCCCAAUGACCUUUAUUCAUCAAAGUUACAUAGAGUCAAAUCUGAUCGUAAAAUAAGUAAAUUCAAAUAAUAAUACAGUGUUUAAAUAUGUAAUUUUUAGGAGAAUGAUCACACCACACAAUCACAUCAGUCUACAGUUUAUUUCACAUUUUAUUUUUCCACUUUUUUUUUCCAAUUUUAACACUAUAAAUUUUGGUCAGUAAGUGGUCACUCACUGCUUGACCUUAAACUCUGCUUAUUGGCUCACUAGCCACUGAAUGCUGUUGUUUUAUUGGUUCUUUACUGAAACGUCUGCUUGAAUUAGGUGUAAAUUACAUAAACGAUAUGUAAUUGAGGUGCCGGAAACCUGUUAAUGUCAUGAACUGAAGCUGCCCUCAAAUCUUCACUUGUUUCCACAUCAGACAAAAGUUUCAUCAGUCAGAUGCAGAGUAGUUCAAGGUGCUCUUCAUUACGCAACUUUGAUGAAUAAGGGCCAAUAAUGCCGAAUAUAUUUGAAUAACUAAUAUCUAAAUCAUAUCGAUAUCAGCAGAAAAUUACAUAAAAAAAUUAUAAAUAAAUAAAUGUUAUAUUUCUUCAUAAUGCUAAUUAAAAUACAAUUUUUAUAAAGCUGAUAAAAAUAUCGGAACUGAUCAUUAUUUAUUUACUUUACUUAGCAAAUGUUAGAAACUUUUAGCAUUUUUGUGCUAAAAGUUGUAGAAAUAGGUUACAGAGAGUUGGAUUGCUGGUAAUUGUAUUUGGUAAAUAUGUGGUUGACUUUCUGAACUCAGAUUAAGCCUAAGUCUAAACUAAAUAGGACUUUUAAUGAUAAAACACCAUUGACAUUGCAGUUUAUUCCAGACUAGGUUUAAUCCAUGUCCAAGAAUACAGCUCAUGAAAUAUUAAGCAUUUUAAAUGGUCAUAUUCUGGAAAGCCAAAUUUUCUUUUACAAGAAUUUGACAUACAAAUCCUAAAUUCCAAAAAUGUUGGGACAAUAU